UUCUCCUUCGUGCCCCACAGCCCGAUGACCUUCCUCGCUGCCCGGCCGCUGCUCCGCGCUUCGCGCUGCCCGGCCGUUGCCCGCUCGACGGCGCCGUGCGCCCUCGCCGCCUAUGAGGCGCCGCUCGCGCUGCUCUCCGAUGUCGGCAACCCGGUGAGCGACCUCUUCCAGAGCCCGGUCGCCGUCGCGUACCUGGGCGUGCUCACUGUCCUCUUCGGCUUCCUCGGCUUCCUCGCGUACAGCGACGCGCAGGGCAAGGCGCGGCGGCGCGAGGCCGCCGCGCAGCGCGCGCAGGCGAUGGAGGAGAUGGCGCGCGUGACGCCGCAGCUGCGGGAGCAGGGAAAGGACGAGGAGGCGGACGCGAUCGAGCGGGAGAUGGACCGGCUGCGCGCCGCGGAGAUGUCCUCCUCCGCGGCCCCCUCCCCGCCCGGCCGCCAGCGCGAAAAGGCGCCGAUGUGGAUGCCGGGCGGCGCCUUUGUGGCGCCGGGCACCGAGCCGUCGUCGCUCGAGGACACGGGCAACCGCUUCAUGCGGCGGCAGGGGGCGGGGCUCGAGGAGGGGGGCGGCGCGGCGCCGCUCAAGAAGACGCGCCGCAGGCAGCGGGCGAGGCGUGGCGCCGCGGCGCGAGCGGCGCGGUCGGAAAAGUGAGCUCUCAGCGAGAGCUACGAUCUUUCUGGCGGCUGCCCACCAUCCUGUAGCAUGCUAUGUGUAGCCCAUACAUCGCCGCGAUACUGUGAAGAUAAAAUAAACCUUGCGGU